GUUUUGUAUACAUGAGCACUCGCAGUUCUAGUUGGAUACAGCAAGUAAGCAAAGCGUCACGAGACCAUCGAAAUAUUCAUCGUUAUUAGUAUUAGAGUGUUGCAAUUUUUUUUUCUGUUGCAUUGUGGGAUGCAGGCGGUGUAACAAAAUCAGCGAAUUGGUAUGGCGUUAGUGAGUGUCUCCUUGAAGUCCUGUUCUCUGUUGAAAUUAUCUGCAGCAUGUUUACAGGUCUCCCGAGGAGCAAAGACUGCAACAGUAGCUGCUCCCGCAGCUUCCCGGAUUAAGUCAUUUUCGAUUUACAGAUGGGAUCCUGAUAAACCUGGCGACAAGCCACACAUGCAGACCUACGAAGUAGACCUAAAUACAUGUGGGCCAAUGGUGCUUGAUGCACUGAUCAAGAUAAAAAAUGAGAUGGACUCUACAUUGACUUUUCGCAGAUCGUGUCGAGAAGGUAGCUGUGGAUGGUGUGGAGUUAAUUUUGGUGGUGAAAAUAGUUUAGAUUGUACUGUCAAAAUUGACAGUAACUUAAGUUUGGAAGUUUCCAAGCAAAAGCCAGUUCCUUUUAUUUUUCAUAGGAAAAUGCUUCCACCUGAUCUGAAUAAUUUCUAUGCUCAGUAUAAAUCUAUUGAACCUUACUUGAAAAAGAAAGAUGAAUCCAAUUUUGGCAAAGAGCAGUUCAUUCAGUCAAUAGAAGAUCGUGACAAAUUGGAUGGACUUUAUGAAUGUAUUUUAUGUGCCUGCUGCAGCACUAGUUGUCCCAGCUACUGGUGGAAUGCUGAUAAAUACCUAGGUCCAGCUGUUCUCAUGCAGGCCUAUCGCUGGAUGAUAGAUUCCCGUGAUGAGUUCACAGAAGAACGGUUGGCAAAGCUACAAGACCCCUUUUCUCUCUAUCGCUGUCAUACUAUCCUGAACUGCACAAGGACGUGCCCCAAGGGCCUAAAUCCUGGAAAAGCAAUUGCAGAGAUCAAGAAAAUGAUGGUAACAUACAAAGAAAAAGCUGCUGUAAGGACAUGAUGGUCUUUAGUACCAAAUUCUUCUGAACAUAAAGUCACAGUACCUUAAAUUGCUUCAGUUUUAGUCUCUGACAAAUGACAUUGUUAGCCGGUGUACUAUUUCUGCAUACUUUAAAUAUUAAAUGCACUUUCAAGAA